GCGGCCACGCCGAAGGGUAGGAGGAAACGUCUCGUCUCGCCCCUUGCCACGGAUCCACCCCCACUCACGGGCCAGCGAGCUCUGCGCUUCCACUUGCCCUCGUCCCACCUCGCACCAGUCUCUCUCUCUCUCUCUCUCUCUCUCACCCAACCUCCGCACCCGCACGCUCUCGACUCCGGCAGCAUCCGGUGGAGGAGGAGCACGGGGCGCUCGAUCUCAUGGUGGUGAUUUGAUCUCCCUUCGCCUGCUUUCUGACCUGAAGCCAAGCGGGGAUGGGGUACCUCCCGGCGCUGGGCGGGAAGGCGGCGCACCUGGUGUCCGACCUCGCCACCAUCAUCCUCAACCCCGUCUCCGAGCGCGAGCGCCAUUGGCACCACCCUUCCCACCUCCUGGAGGCCACUGAAGGGAAAGAAACUCUAUAUAGUGACGAAGAUUCUGACAAAAAUUUCGAGAUUCCAAAUGGUCCUGACACAUCUUCCUUCAGAGCAUUUCUGAUGUCAUUUAUGUCACCCUCAAGCUCCAGCAGUGAUUCAAUGGAGAUCAUACCUGAGCAGAAUCUGGAUAUGGAAUACCCAACUUUAACACCUGUUGGGAAGGCAAGCAGUGGAAGGAAGGGCUUGCUUAGUAGAGGGAAGCAUUCCAUUGUAAAAAUUAUGAGCAAAGCAGGCCGACUUAGUAAUCUCAGGCAAAAACCCACCCACAGCAUUGAUGGGGAAACCCUAGAUCAAACAGAAUCAAUUAUACCUGGAUUGGAGAUGAAGGGAUCAAAGGAAUUUGCUUUGCAUGAUAAGCUACCAGCUAUGUCUGAACCAUCUAUGCUUUUGUCAGAAAUGAUGCAAGCUGUUCUUUGUACAUCUCUUCCUGUUCUUGUUCAAGGAAAGAACUGGAUGUUGGUAUACAGUACCUGGAGGCAUGGAAUAUCUUUGUCUACUCUGUAUAGAAGGAGCAUGCUUUGUGCUGGCCCCUCACUUCUGAUAGUUGGGGAUCGAAGAGGAGCAGUUUUUGGUGGUUUGGUUGAUGCCCCAUUGCAGCCAAUCAUAAAAAAGAAGUAUCAGGGGACAAAGGACUGCUUCGUGUUCACCAAUGUAGAUGGCCAUCCUGUUAUAUGCCGCCCAACAGGUGCUAAUAACUAUUUCACGUUUUGCUCACCUGAAUAUUUGGCAAUGGGAGGUGGUGGUCACUUCGCGCUUUAUCUGGAUGGGGACCUUCUGAAUGGUUCAAGUUCCACAUCAGAGACUUUUAGCAACCCAUGCUUAUCACAUACCCAGGAAUUCAAAGUCAAAGACGUUGAGCUGUGGGGCUUCGUGAAUGCUUCCAGGUAUGAAGAGAUGCUCACGAUCUGCCGCACCGAAAAGCCAGGAAUUUGGAAUCUGUGAUCGUGCGAAGCUCCUGAGCUGUUGAUGCUCGGUGCCAACCUAUCGUCUGGUGUAGCUUGUACAGUUUUGUAGCAUAUAGGCUCUGCAAGAGUUUUGUCUGUUCUUUGUGAGUAUAAAACGUAUGUAGAACAUGUAGACAAGAGUUACCAUAUGGAAUGAAAACAUGAGUACAGCUCUGGUCGAAUCUGGAGCUUGACUGGAGAAAAUGUCAUUCAGGUUUGUAAAUAUUCAAUGACAUUACUAGAAAUACUAGUGUGUAGUAACACUCAAUUUUCUUCCGCAUUAGAACCUAUCUAAGAACCAAUUAAAAAAACUAUCUAAGAAUGUCA